AUGGCUAAAACCUUGCAAGAUUUUGGGAUUCGAGCGGACGCUUUGAGGAAGGCAUCGCAACACAAGCCUGAAGACGAAGAUGGGGCCGACACCAGAGAUGCUGAUCUAUACCAGAAUGCCGCCGAGAUCCAGGCUCUGCUGGACGGAUACGACUCUAGCAACGGGAUUGUCACACAGCCUGGCUCGUUUGUUGACCUCUCCUUCAACGAUGGCUUCACACCGAAUUACGCCUUGCCAAAACCCGCGGCAGACAUAUUGCCCACAUUGGACACUACGUUUCUGCCGUCAAUAGAUGUCGCUGACUGGCUUAUGCCCAAUGGGCCGGGGGACAGCUGGCUUUCACCUGCCAUCGACUUGGUGGCUGGCCGAUGA